CAGACCCAUAAUUAUUCCUUAUACAAACUUGUAUUGUGACUACCUAUCAUACGUUAAAAACAAGUUAAAUCAACCAAUAGAAACAAUACACUAUGCCCGGCCCUACUAUCUUAAGGUGUAGGAUCAAAUAAUACAUCUAUAUCGAAGCGUAGCUCAAAUACUCACCACUUAAUAACACCGUCAAUCCCACAAUUAUCCCUUAUACAAACUUGUAUUGUGACUACCUAUCAUACGUUAUCAAGUAAAGUUUGGCCUAAUAGUAAGGAUAAUUAAGUCUUUCAAUCUUGAUAUUGGGGUUCAAUCUCUACAAGGGGCACUUUGAGGAUAGAAAUGUAAUUUAUCCUUCCCCCUACUCUUAAAGUGUCUAGGUCGCAAACUCAAUUGGCCUGGAUUGACUACUUGUAAGAGAUUUUGAUCCGAUAAGAAGAUUCAUUCCACCAACUUAAAAAAUAAAUAAAAAAUCAUUCCUAAGAUAUUUAGCAUGGUGCGAGAACCAAAGCACGUUAGUUUUGUGGACAAUUUAUUAUCUACAGAGUACAACUUUUGUGGCAUCAAAUACAUGCAACUUUUGUGGCAUCUAUAUAUAUACACAUUGGUUGUUAUGUAAUGUGUUAUCUUAACAUGCAUGCUAAACUAUACGUACUACUAGAUCAUCUUUCUUUUCUGUUGGUCUAUAUAUAAUAUAUAGUACGAAUAAGAUAAUCAACAAAAUAAAGAAACAAAUAAAAUACCAUGAUAAUAUGUAUUGUAUAUGUAGUGUUAUUAUUAUCCAUGAUAGGGUGGUUAUCAUGGUGGUGGAAUGAGAUAUGGUACGUUAGACCACUCAAGGCAAGGUGCUCUGCAUCCAAUGCCAUAAUGCCUCUCGGUCAUUUGGGUUUCCCUUUGUUAGGAGAGACCCUCUCGCUUCUAUGGCACUUUAAUAUUGUUAGCCGCCCUGAUGAUUUUAUCGCCUUUAAGAGACGCAAGUAUGGAUAUACUGAGGGAAUUUAUAGAACCCAUUUGUAUGGGUCUCCAAGCAUCAUAGCAUGCUCGCCGUCUUUAUGCAAAUUUGUACUCGAUUCAAGCGAUAAAUUUGCACAAGAAUGGCCGACUACCCAAGUUUUAGGGACUAAUUCUCUAAUCACGCUUAAUGAGGGCCAACGACAUGGUAUCAUCAAGAGCGUUAUUGUCAAAUCUAUCAAUCAACCUGAUUCUCUUUCGAGGAUUGUGCUCCAAAUUCAGCCUACCAUUGUUGCUGCCCUUCAAUUAUGGUCUCAAAUGCCUAAAAUUAAUGCAUUUUAUCAAGUGAAAAAGGUAACGCUUGAUUACACUAUGAGAUAUAUCGCUCAUCUUGAAUUUGGUAGCUCUCAUAUAGAUGCUAUUGAGAAGCUAUUCCAGGGCAUAGUUUAUGGCUUUCGAGCACAACCAUGGAACCUUCCCGGAACAGCUUACCAUCAUGCCCUCAAGUGUCGAAAGAAGAUUACAAAGAAGCUGAAGGAGGAGCUAGAGAAAAGGAAGCAGAAGAAUAAUGAUAGUGUUUCGGGAGAGAGUACAACAAACGAUCUAAUGGAUAGUUUAAUGCAAAUGAAGAAUGAAGAACAAAGGCAUUUAAGCGACGAAGAGGUGUUAGAUAAUGUCGUGAGCACUAUUCUCGUUGGUCAUAUUUCCAUUGCUUAUGCUAUUACAUGGUCUCUGCAAUUUUUAGCCAAUAACCCUCAUGUUCUACUCAAGCUUCGGGAGGAGAACAAGGCUAUGUUUAAAGAGAAUAGCAACGAGAGCAUCACAUAUGAAGAUAUUUCGAAGCUCAAGUACACAAAUAAGGUUGCGGAAGAAACAAUUAGGACGGCAAACCUCUCUGCCUUUGUUUUCAGGAAAGCCACUGAUGACAUUGUUUUCAAAGGUUACUUAAUACCAAAAGGUUGGAGUGUUCUUGUAUGGCUAAGGAACCUUCACAAUGAUCCAACAAAUUUUAAAGAUCCUAUGUCCUUUAAUCCAGAUAGAUGGGAAACCCGCCCAAAGCAAGGAACAUACAAUCCCUUUGGGGGAGGUUCAAGAUCUUGUGCCGGAAGUGCGCUUGUUCGAGUUUCUCUAGCCCUAUUUCUCCAUCAUUUGUCCAUUGGAUACAAGUGGGAAUUACUUAAUCCUGAUGCGAAGGUCAAGUAUCUUUCACAUCCAUUACCUAGCGAUGGCUUCGAAAUUUCAAUUUGUAAAGUUUAAUGACAUCAAAUUAAAUGUAUUGCUUUGAUUUUAAACAAAAUUAAAUUAUAUAAAUUAACAUUAUUUUGGAGUGCAGUGUAAAAUCACAGUAUUUUGAAAACUCACUUAUGUGUUAUGUCAAUAAUACAACUUCUUGGACGUCCCUUGAAGCUAGGCUAGAUCUGCAUGAGCGUGGUUGCUGCCUUGCUGGUCACACAACAACUUAUAUUAAUGUCACAACUCAAGAACAUAUGAUACAUGACACCAUGCAUUAUUUGUACAACUUUCUAAAAAGAUUAUAUAAUAUGGUUAUGUUUGCUUCAAAUUUAUGUUGUUAUUGCCACUAGGUAAAUUUACAGGUUUGACAAAAUAUACCUACUAAGAUAUUCAUACGAAGUAUAUAGCAUAAAAUCCAUGCAUAAAGAAGUUUGAACACAUUACCAAGUUAAGAAGCACAGCAACCGCCGGCAAGCGCGGCUGUUGCGGUGGACUAGCCAUCAUGCACCACCACCACCACCUCUAUCUUCUUCCAUACAUUUCCUCGCAGUAAGAUUUUAAUACUAUUCAAACUGAUUUUUAUAUGUUCCCUUGAUCUCGCAGAAUCACACCAAGGUAAUUUUCGAGUCCAUUUACCUUGUAUUAGCUCAUUAAAAUUAUCUUCUUCUUCCAAAAAUGGCGAUUUCAUCAAUUUCUCGCUUUUUCACCUCCGCAUAUAGGUAAAAAAAAACACACCAUUUUCGCUCAUUACAAGAAUCAAUUUUUCAACAGCAGAAGAAUUUUGUACCCACCUCAUAAAUUGCCCUCAAAACCCUGAAAAAACACUUGUUAAUGUUAAUGCUCAAUUAGAUGUUCAAUGUGUUACUGAGGUGUUGCGUAGAUUUUCCUUAAAUCAGCCCCAAUUAGGUCUUCGUUUUUUCAUAUGGGCUGGUUUACAGCCUAAGUAUAGGCAUACUCAAUAUAUGUAUAACUUAGCUUGUUAGUUGCUCGAAAUUCGUCGAAACUCGGGUAGGAUUAGAGAGAUUAUUGAGUGUUAUGGGGUUGAAGGGUGUCAAACUAAUGUGAAAUUGUUUAAAGUUGUUCUUAAUUUGUGUAGAGAAGCUAGGAGUGCUUAUGAGGGUUUGUGGGUAUUGAGAAAGAUGGGUGAUUUUGGUUGUCAGCCGGAUUCGACGAUGUAUAAUGUGGUUAUUGGGUUGUUUUGUGAAAGGGGGGAUCUUGAUAGGGCAAUGGGGUUGAUGAGAGAGAUGGAAUCAUGUGAUUUGUGUCCUGAUAUGAUUACCUAUAUGUCAAUGCUAAAGGGGUUUUGUUUUGCUGGGAGAUUGGAGGAUGUUUGUCAGUUGUUCAAGACUAUGAAAAGUCAUGGAUGUGUUCCGAAUUUGGUGGCAUACUCUGCACUCCUUGAUGGGCUUUGCAGAGCUGGUAGUUUCGAGAGAGCGUUGGAGUUGUUGGGUGAGAUGGAGAAAGAAGGCGGGGAGUGUACACCGAAUGUCAUUACUUAUACAUCAAUUAUCCAGACUUUGAGUGAAAAUGGCAAGUCCGUUGAGGCAUUGUCGAUAUUGGAGCGUAUGGAGAGUUUUAAGUGCCAUCCUAACAGGAUUACUAUGAGUGUGCUAAUCCAAGGUCUUUGUCGUGAAGGGUAUAUUGAAAAGGCAUUUAAACUUGUUAAUGAUGUAGUUGUUGGAGGUCAAGUCUCGAAAGAUGAGUGCUAUAGUUCUCUUGUGAAAGAGGUAGAAAAGCUGGCCAAUUAUAUGGUUGAGAAAGGGGUAACAAUCAAUUCCUCUUACAUUGAUAACAUUCACAAGCACCUUAAAGGAUCAACUGAGAUGGAGUCACUUGCACAUUGUGUAAGAUGGGAAGAUGAUACUAAAUUAUACUUCUUUUUCAAUACUGUCUUGGUUAUUAGUAUCUCUAGAGGAUCUUUGCAAGUUGUAAGAUCUAAGUACUUCCAUAGCGCCUAAAAAGCAUGCUGGUUGCACAAUCCUGGUUCAAGUACUUUGUGAGAUGUAUCUAUGCCAAAGCAGAGUUUUCAUGUUGCUAGUUGUACAGUAUACAUGGUAAGCACCUUAUUCAGUCAAUCCCCCUCUUCACUUUUUAAUGUACUACUGUUGUAAUUCAGUGUAAACAUUGAUUUUAAAGUAUUAGAUUUUAUGCUGGAGUGAUGUGAAGAAGUGUGGGCUGAUGGGAAUGAAAUGGGUUAGUCACUAGAAUGUAAUUUGACUUCUGGUCAGUUGUGAGUGUUGUAAACAAAAAAAAUCAUGAAACCAAAACACUUGCUUUUGUGCCCUGAAAUUUUGUUAUAGAAUUGACAGUGGAUUUGUACUUCA